GGGAAAACGAGACAAGCAUGUUGCAGAUAGAGGAGUGCAACUUAUACGAACCAGGAAGUGGUGACUUUGCCUCCUCGAGGUGUGCGGUUUGUAGUGAUGCAAGCCAUGCCGUACGAUGUAAUGAACUUCGAUGGGAUCACAUAUGUAAUGCGGGUCCCAAGUCAAGUUCCUCGAUUGGCGUAGCCACCUACUCAACGGGGCUAAAAGCCGGGGCGAUCGUGGGACGAUACAGCUCCAGGGCAAAGAAGCCACACAUUGCGAUCAUUGAGAAUACCGAUUUGAGCCUUAGUAUAGAUGAAAUCUAGACAUGAGCCGGGACCUCCUUAUUCCACAUCAUAUAAAGUUAUCGUUAUACGUA